AUGGCACCCACAGUCAUCAGCAUUCAAGGCAGUGCGACUCUCCGAAGUCCAGCAGAGCGUGCAGUUCUCACACUCGAGGUUGCAUCAUGGGGGAAAGAGCAGAAGGUAGCAUCCAACGAUGUGGUGAACACGGUGACUCAGCUUCAGACACGACUGGAUGAGUCAUGUCCUCGUCUCAGUAACGGUGACAUUUCGCCAGAGGCACCCAUCAGCUUCUAUUCGAUUGCGUCAUUGUCGACGUCGUAUGGCGACGAGAUGGACAAGGACGGCAUCUCGACAGGACAAAAAGUCUAUCGUGCCAACACCACCAUUGAGAUUCAUUUUCGAGACUUUCUUCUUCUGGGCAAGAUGGUCGUUUACUUUUCCGACAUCAACUUUGUCAGUCUUCAGGGAAUCACGUGGAAGCUCACAGAUGAAAAGCAAGCGGCUUUGGAAGAACAGGCAAGGACCGAUGCCCUUCGACAUGCUAUCCAGCGUGCCAACAACUAUGCAGAGGUUAUUGGUCGGACACAGGUGACGCCGGUCAAGAUUCAGGAUUCUCAGCAGCACUUGUACUUUGAGGGCCGAGUGAUGCAAGCUGCGUAUAGAAAGACGUCGUCUGAGAGCUUUGGCAUUGGCAUUGGCAUUGAUUUUGAACCUCAGGUCAUGGAAGUCAAGGCCAAUCUUGAGGUGGAAUUUCACGCUGAAUGA